AUGAGUGGAAGAAAAAAAGGGUGGGGAGAGUGGGAGGUGAGUUGGUGUUGGGGGGGGGGGAGGAGUGGUGUUAGGGAGGGGAAGGAUGUGGAGUGGUUGGGGGGGUGGGGUGGGUGUAGGUUAUGUUGGUGUGGGGGAUUGGGGUAUGAGUUAGGAGGAAGGGGGGGUGGAGGGGGUGUUGGGGUUUUUAGGGGGGGUGUGGGGGUGUGUUUUAUAUAUGAGAAUGGUGGAAAUGGGUGGGUUAUGUGUGAUGGGGGGGGGGGGGGGGGAUUAUGUAGGAAGAAGGGAAAGUGGAGAAUAAGUGGGUGGGGGGUUGGGGGGGGUUGGGUGGGGGGUUUUGAGGUUUUGUAUGGGGGUGGGUUUGAGGGGGGGGGUUUGAUGGGUGGAGAAUUGUGGUUUGGGGUUGAGAAAGGUUUGGGGGUGAAUGGGAGAUUUGGGGGGGGUGGGGGUGGGGGGGGGGUAGGAGGUAUGGGGGGGAGGGAGAGUGGGGAUGGGGGGGGGGGGGGGGGGGGGGGGGGUUGUGGUGGGGGGAGGUGGGUGUGGGUGGGUUGGGUGGGGGGGGGGGGGGGUGGUGGUUUUGGUGGGUGGGGGGGGGGGUUUGGGGUGGUUGGUUUUUGGGGGUUAUUGUUGGUGGUUGGGUGUGUUGGGUGGGUUGGGUGGGGGUGGGGGGGGGGGGGGGUGGUGGUUGGGGGUGGUGGGUGUUGGGGUGUGGUGGUUGUUGGGUGGGGUUGUGGGUUGAGUUUGGUGGUUGGAUUUAAGUUUUGUUGGGGGUAUAUGAGUAUGUGUGUAUUUGGGGGGGGGAUUGGGGGUGGGGGUGGUUGUUGUGUGUUUGAGGGGGAGGUGUGUGGGGUGGAUGGUAGGGGGGGGUGUUGGGUGAUUGGGAAGUUUGGUGUUUGGGUUUUUUUUAGUUUUUGGGGUGGUAGGGUUGUGUUGGAUGUUGAGGGGAGUUGGUUGGGUGUGGGGUGUGGGUUGAGGGGGUGUGGGGUAGUGUUGGUGGGGGGGGGUGUUGUGUGUGGUUGGGGGGGAGUUGUUUUUGAGAGGUGGGGGGUGGGGGUUUUGUGUGAUAGGGGGGGUUUGUUGUUUUUGUGUGGGGGGGGGGGGGGGUUUGUUGUUUGUGUUUGGGGGGUGGUUGGUUUGGGUGGGGGGUUGGGGGGUUUGUGGGGUUUUUGGGGGUUUGUUUUAUGGUUUGUGGUGUGGUUGUGUUGGAGUGGGUGGGGGUGGGUGUGGGUUGGGUGGGGUUUGGUUAUAUGGUGUGUGGGGUUGUGGGGGGGGGGGGUGGUGAGGGGUUGGUUGUUGGGGGGUUGA